AGAAUUAACCUCUGCGCUCUCUACCAUUCGGCCUCAGCAUUGUGUGCAUGGUUGAUGCUCUUUGUUUUUUCUUAAAAGACCAAAAAUAUACAUCAAGUGAAUGCCACACAUGUGGGUACUGCUUUUGAUAGCAGCAUUAGUGGUGCUUGUGCUUGUAUUUGUAGCAGUGAAUCAGUAGAUCGAUGAAGGUCAGGUUUGUGGUUGUGGUACUGUUGGUGAUAUGGGCAGUGGUGGGCAUCAAUGGGAAAGAGAAUCCACUACUACAUGAGGAAGGAGCAGCUGCAGCUGGUAAAGAGAGUAGUUCGGAAUCCUGGGCUGAGUGGGCCAAGGAGAAGAUCGCCGAGGGCCUUGGCUUUAACCACGCUGCUAAGCACACCUCCACCUCUGAUGCCGCCAAGAACACCAAAGAUAAAAUCACCCAAGCAACUACUGCUGCAGAAUAUGGUUCAGAUGUAAAGAAGGGGGCAGCAGAGAAAGCUGGAGAGGCAAGAGACAAAGCAAGCGAGGCGGCGGAUGAGGUAAAGCGAAAGGCGUCGCAGAAGACUGAGGAAGCUUACGAGAGGAUGGGACAGGCGAAAGAGAUGGCGGCAGAAAAAGCAAGGCAAGGCAAGGAAGCGGCAAGAGAGGAGGCGAGAGAGAAAGAGGAAAAGGCUGAAGAGAAGUUGAAGUGGGCAAAGGAGAAAGCCAAGGAAGGGUAUGAAGCUGCUAAAGAGAAAGUUGGAGAGGGUUAUGAGUCGGCGAGGGAUACCAUAGCAUCAAACCUUGAAGCAGCUAAGGAGAAGUCGCGGGACAUCAAGGAGGAUAUGACGACGACGACAACAAUGGGAGGUCGUGAUGAGGAGCUAUGAUCAAUUAGCGAGCGGGAGGAAGCAUUAAUUAAAACAGCUAGUUAUAAGCUGCUACCACUUUGUCACUAAAACCGCUGUGUUGUGCAUAGCUAUCACUUUGUCACUUGUUGUGCAUAUACUGUUUUUAAGAUUGAGGUUUGGGUUAUGGGAGUUUACUUUUCGAUAGACAGCGACUACCUACCGACCUUGUUGUUUCCUUUUGUUUUUGUAAGAUUUACAGAACACAGUUGUUUUCAUAAUAUAAUCAAGGUCCUAUACUAUCCAUCACGGUUAAUACAA